UAUAAGUAUCGUGUACCCAACAAAGAAAACCGAGAAAUACCGACUACGCAGGUUUUUUGUUUCUCUAAUGAUGCUGUAGGGACUAGGGACUCCAUCAGAAAGAAACGUAUUUGUAAGCAGGUGAACAAAUUAGCUGCCCCAACCUUGAAAUACACCAGCAAAAAAAAAUUGUAUGUCCUUUUAAAUUUGAUGGAACUUUUCAUUCGACAGUAUUUUGUCUUCCAAGACAACCAAUAUUGAGUUAUGCCAACAUCAAUAAAACAAUCCCAAUCGGUUCACCAUCAGUGAUUAGGGUUCGAUGCGUAGUAGCAGAGGAAAUUAUUUUGAUAGAUGAUUAGACGCAAGUUGUUUCUGAUCUUUAUAUUUGUGAAUCUUGGAAUGGAUUUCUUAGAAGAAGGUGUUUUCUUUCUUCACGAUGAGUUAUAGUAGGUCUAGUAGCUAUCUUAAUUCAUGGGGCUUCUUCUUGUUAGAGCAUAUUUUUUUGUAUCUCUUCAUCAAAAGCUGUAUUUAAUUUUAAUUAAGGAUUAAUCUUGCGUUAUAAUAUAAAUUAGUUGUCUGCGCCUCAGUGGCCACCUUUGACUACUUUACCUCCAUUUUCUCCGCUGAUCAAUGCCUCUUUUAAUUUAUGGAGUUUUGGGUUGACUCCAAAUGAGAACUCUGAAGCUAAUAUGGUUUGAUCUACUUCAUGUACUUCUUUUUCUCCGACAGUCUUUACUUCUCAGAAAUGAACUAUUCGUCUGAUGUAUUUACAAAUGCUAGUGUUGAAAACAUGACUUUGAGCAAUCCAGAACUUGGGAGCAAUUAUGAAAAUGCAAUUAUUCUUGAACCUACUCCGCUAGCUGCUUUUCCUCCAGAUCAUGUGGUCACUGAUGAAGAAUUUGAUAAAGAGGUUAAUCUCAUGAUGAUGGGCUCUUUGGACUCUAUGGAUGCUGAACCUUGUUCAGCUCAUGACCUUACUACAGGAAGAAUAAGGAACUCCAGUGCGGACUUUGGACUGAUUCCAUAUGCAGUCGGAGCUGAGGCGACUGAUCUAAUUUUGGCGAUCUUCUGGGCGCAGGAGAUGAAUUUGUCUAAAGUUCUGUUAGUCAGUGAUUGUCUUCAGUUGGUGAAUUUUGUGAAUGGAGGCAAAGACAUGGUUGAUUGGAGAAGUUGUGAUAUUUUGGAAGACUGUCGUUUCUCUUUAUCUAGUUGUAAUAAUUUUAAGGUUAUGCAUAUUACGCGUUUAAAGAACAAGGUAGCUAUCUGUCUUGCGAGACGGGCUAGAAAAUACUGUCUUAAAACCAAUUGGGUUUCUUUUCCUUAUUUUUUGAGUGAUGUUGUAAGGAAAGAACCAAUUGUAAAUGCUUGUAAUUUGCUUAUUUCUUAAUGAAUUGGUGUU